AUGGAAUUUCCGCUUUCUAGAAAAUGCAGACGGUGCACCAUAAUGAUUAAGGGUCGUUUCAUGUUCACCGCUCAUUGUUUUCGUCGUACCACGAGGGACUGCUUUUAUGCCAAUACUUCAAAGUGCUAUAACCUACGUGGGGUAUCAUACGAUGCAAAAGUUACGUGGGUUAAAAUCAUGGACCAUUAUCAUCGUCUUCAGGUGUCUUUCCAAGAUAAAUCAGCGAUAACCCUUGAUAAGAAAUACAAUUGCAUCCUUCCUCGCCACUCGAUCCGUAUUGCCAACUACAGCGCCUAACGACAUCCGAAGAAAUCGAGCUUCCCCCAAUUACGCAGCGGCGCACAGCUUGAACGAGAUUUACGAAUGAAAAUGAAACGCGAAGGGGUGGCGAAGAUUACGGAAGGCGGCGGCGAGGUAAGGCGAUCGUAACACUCGUAAUUGAGUACACGGGCCGAUAUCCGAAAACUGCUCGGGGGUUGCCGCCGAUUCGAGCAAUUUUAAAAGCGGUCUCCCUAAUCUGUAG